UUUGUUUCCCUUUAAUGAUUAAUGUCUAAUUCCGGCCCCAUAUUCAAUAUCCCCACUCGAGGCACCAAGCCCAGCACUAAGUUGCCGUCGUUGACCAUCAGUAGUGAGCCCGCUUCCGGUGGUGACGCCGCCGUGGAUGUCAACGGUGGUGAGGAUCAUAAGAAGCCUCGACGCAAACCUCCUCCAAUCGACUUUCUGAGAAUCAACGGGUCCCAUUCGUUCAAGGAUAUGCUGCCGGCACCCUCGCACGACUCGGGCGAUGUCGACACCAGCGACGGUAGUACCAGCACCAGCGCCAAGGCGUACGGCACAACAGAAGGAUCUUCCACCUCGCGGUCCUUAAAUCAAUCAUCCUCCUCCGUGUCUACACCCGCUAACUUGAUACCAGGACCCGAGAAGGAUUUAUCGGAGUUGAUGCCGGACGACUGGCAGAUUUUGGCCAACUCGGAUCAAAUAGUGGAAUUGAAUAAACUAGGUGAAGGAAACGGCGGGUCUGUAUCCAAAUGCCGGCUCCGCAAUGGCAACAAGAUCUUCGCCAUGAAGUUGAUCAACACGGACUCAAACCCCGAUAUUCAGAAGCAAAUUGUACGAGAAUUGCAAUACAAUCGGCUUGUGAGCAGCGAAAAUAUUGUCAAAUACUACGGGACGUUUUUGAUAGAAAACCAGUCGAUGAUCGGAAUCACCAUGGAGUACAUGGGAGGCAAGUCACUCGAUGCAAUCUACAAACGGGUGAUUGAAAUCGACCCUUCCAAUCGGGUAAAUGAGAAAGUCAUGGGCAAAAUCGCCGAAUCGAUCCUCAAGGGAUUGAACUACUUGCACCAACAAAAGAUCAUCCAUCGGGACAUCAAGCCGUCGAACAUUCUCUUGGACUUCCAAGGUAACAUCAAAUUGUGUGAUUUUGGAGUCAGUGGAGAAGUGGUAAACUCAUUAGCAACUACUUUUGUGGGCACACAAUAUUAUAUGGCCCCCGAGCGAAUCAUGGGCAAACCCUACACGGUGAACUGCGACAUCUGGUCGUUAGGGUUGACAUUACUUGAAGUGUCGACUGGUAAGUUCCCGUUCACCAAUGUGGAUAGUUUGAAUACGAAUUUGGGACCCAUCGAAUUGCUCCAGCUCAUACUAGAGUACGAGCCCAAAUUGGAGGACAUCCCACAGGAAAAUAUCUUCUGGUCCGACUCGUUUAAAAACUUCAUUCACUACUGUUUGAUAAAGAAUACGGAAGAGAGACCCAGUCCUCGACAAAUGUUGCAACAUCCAUGGAUAAUAUCGCAGCAGACGGUGAAGGUAAGAAUGGACAAGUUUGUACAGCAGCUCUGGAACUACUGAGCCAUUGCAACGAAAGUGUACUAGUGUAUAUGGAUAGCUUGGGUAAUAAAAUAGAACUGGUUUUGGGGA